AUUGAGUGGUCCCUUGCUGGCGGUGAGCUCAGGUAAGACCGCACGGUUGAGUCGAGCCACGAUCCAACAGUGCACAAACACACAAACAAACACGAACACGUCCGUGGCGAGGCCCAUUCGAGGGAGGACAAUAAUAAGGACCCAACGUCCCAAUGUCUCACCGAGUAAGACAAGCCUCGAUUAUUUUUUUGAUAUAAGAACGAGAUGAGCUCGCUUUCUGGUAGCCACAUCCUUCUUCUCUGGCUGUCUCGUCCUUUUAGACAUUUCAUCGUUGUCUCCAUCUGCGGAACAUAAACUAUAAACCAUCAGAAGGCCAGCUUCAUACGAUCCAAGGCGCCAGCACCAUUCACCAUCCGUAGCCAUGCAGCUCAGAGGGUUCAUCUCCUACCUCGUACUCUUCCUUCUAGCGGCUAUUCCCCUUGCACGAGCCGCAGACAACCGCUACAUCGUAACGCUUGUCGAGGGCGUCGACAUCGACGCUUACAUAGGAAAGAUAUGCGCUGAAGGCGAUGUGGAGGAACUCGACCGCUGGACGACAAGCCCCUACGGUGUCCUUGUCCGCUCUCAUUCGCACACCGUCGUAUCUCUUGCCGCGUACGACGAGGUCGUUUCUGUUGAGGAAGACCGCACCAUCACCAUCCCCGAUUGUGAGAAGGGACCUUGCAGGUGGAGGAGGAGGAGGAGGAGGAGGCGGAUGCAAAUCAUGUCGUCCCCCGGUGGCCGCCGUCUCCUGUGAUCACGGAACCUCACGGAACGGAACCCUGCCGAGUGUCCCCGUGGUCCCCGGGAUUGACGGGUUGAAGUGCUUGCAUGCAUGAUGCAGCUCCACUACUGCAUCCUACAGCGUCACCAGGUUGGCAUGACAUUCUUGUCAUUGGUUGCGGGGGAAUGCAGGCUGGCUCAUGAGCAUCUGCAAAACGAAAUCCGUGGUGGGGAGAAGUGAGAGCGAGAGACGAGGG